GUUAUCAGAUAGCUUACCGUCUGGAUGCUGGCGACCCCAUGCGGUUCACUACGGUGGAGGUGGGGUCGACCGCGCGUCAGUUUACAGUCAGCGGUUUGACCGGAGACCAGGCCUAUGUGUUGAAGUUGACCGCUAGGACCUCUCAGGGAUGGGGCAGAGCUGAGGAAGCUGUAGUUAUCACCACCGAACGCAGAGAGCGUCCCUCCCCCCCAGGAAGUUGUCCGUCCCCCAGGGGAGGUCCAGUCACGUAGGCUCCGCCUCCACUGGGUUGCCGGAUGACAGGCUCCUCCCCCUACGGUACUACAGCCUGCAAACCAGAGAGCUUCGCGACAGGAGACUGGACCAGUCACUCUGCUGAUAUACCACACAAUUAUACAGCCUGGACUGUAGAGAGACUGAAACCCUUCACGUCGUACAAGCUGAGGAUGCUGGCAACCAACGAUGUAGGAGACAGUAACUACAGCAAAGAGACGGAGACUGUUAUCACACUACAGGAUGUUCCUGAGAGGCUCCAGUGAUAGUAUCAGUUAACCCUCUACUACUACCUCUGUUCUGGUGCAGUGGCAG